AUGGGGAGGGGGGGCAGGAGAUUCCUGUCUCUGCCCGUGAUUGCCGUGAUCUCGCUGAUUGGCUUCGUCUACUACUGCACUGUGUUCGUUUUCGUCGAGAGCUGGUUGGGCCUGCGAAGCGCCGCCGGGAUUUGCAGUGCUCUUGUCUUCAGCUACCUCGCGCUCAUGUGCCUCGCGUCCUUCUGUGCUUCUGUUGUCAUCGAUCCAGGCCAGGUUCCCGCCUCCUUCGUGCCGGAUAUGGAGGGAUCUGAUGGAAAUGUAUGCAUCCAAUUUUUUCUUCGUGCAUCUCAUCAGUUUCCUGUUUUGACACGUCGGAGUUAGGAAGAGAAUGAGAAGAUGGUGUAUCCUUGGAUACGGGGAAUCGUUCUUGAUCUGUUUUCUUCUGGUACAGGAACUGAUUGAUGUGUAAUGUUUGGUGGAGGGGAGGUUUUAGGGGUAUCUUUCUUGACAGAUUCCCUUCUCUCUAUCUCGCUUAGUCGACUUCUCUCCUUGGAUGCGAUUGUCCCAGUAGGUUCUAUAGAGUCCCGUGAAAAAUCUCUUUGCCGGUUUAUCUCGUGAUGCUUUAAAACCUACUUGUCUCCACAGGUGUCAUGUCUACCAAUUUUCUCUUUAGGACCAUUUUCUCGCAAUUUCUGUGUGAAGGUUCUCAUCAAAUUUACCUUUGCUAUAACUUUUCUUUAGCAACCUUGUCUCGAAAUUUGCUCCUCAGUUGUGUGUAUAUCUUCAAUUAAGACAUUUUCUCUCAGUACUCUCUCACGUUUUGAGGUAUAUAAAAUAUUAAAUAUCAUGUAAGAAAAAAAGCUCAAUUAUGCAAUUAGGAGUUUAUUUUAAAAUACCCAAUGUCAUAAUCAUCCCAUUCAAUGUCAUCGUGGGGUAGGUAUUGCAUAUGGCUAUCCACAGCUUUUUUUCUUUUCAUCACAUUCUUGUUACCUUAUAUCUGAACCAAAAGUUUGAUAUAUACGGAGAAUAUUUCAUACUUUUGGAUGUCAUCCCAAGUUUUCAAAUCAUAUGGCUGAACUCCUAGGCGUGAGCAAUAUUCAUCAAAGGAAUUUGCACAAAAGUUCACUUUAUUUUGGUACUGUGUAGAUAACCGGUUUCUUUUCGUCACGUUUCUUCUUUUUCAUACUCUAUGGGCCCUAUCAUUAUCAACUAGCGGUAGAUCCAUGAUAUCUGUCAACUUCAUUUUUGAGAACUUGAAAGACGUUCGGAAUUCCGAUUUUUGGUUCUCCAUAUGGAUUUCAGACGCUAAUUAGAAAACUCCUUAAAGUAAUGUCAUUCGAUCUUUCUGUGUCAAAAUGCCAUACGAAAGAAAACUUUUUGUAAACCCCCAUCUCGUUUCCCUGAAAAAUCUGUGCUUCUAUAAUUUAUGGUACAUGAAAUCCUUCUCAUCCUGGACGCCAGUAUGAAUUGUAUUCAUUUAGUCCAGACUUGUCUCUGAUGGUAGAUAUUCCUUGGGUGAUCAAACCAAUCCCAUCUAUCUGCUUCUAUGAAGCAUCCUCAGGCGGUUUUUGUUGCCAAGGAGUUUUGCUUGUGAUUGUUGUGAAGGGCAAGAAGCUUUUCAAUGUUGAUCUUUCUAAUGUUCGAGGGAGCUUAAAUCUAGCUGGUGACUGGUAUACAGAUCUCUAACGGGAGAGGGAGAAGAACCAAUCUGUUGGUUCUUUGUUAUCCCCUCUCAAAUUUCAAGGUGUGGCCCAUGAAUUCCUCUCUGGAGGAUUGGUGAACUCUUGCACGCCAGUGUUGAAAUGAAAAUGAUUGCAACGGAUUUCAUCCUAUAGAAUUUACGAACUUUCAUGAUACUUUUUAAGAAUAAUGUUAGGUUUCAAUCUUUCAGUUUUGUUGGCUCAGUAGAAAUGAAAAUUGCAGACGCUAGUGCAUUCGUUCCAGGCUGUGCUCAGCUGGGCCCGUCACUGAUCCCGGAAGAUCAGUGACGGCUGUUCAAGUUAAAUCCAUCCAUUAUGUUUCAUUCCUGGCAUGCACUAAUCUGGGCCUUCCAGCUGUCUAACUGGUUUGAUCAUUUCGUCUCCAAUUCGUUGCAUCUGUUUACGGCAUUCUUCUCUGGUGCUUUUGUGCUCAUGAAGAAUCAAUUGCAUCAAUUGCGCUAGCCGAAGCUGAUGACAGGGAAGGGUCGGUCCUUGUUGUACCUGCGUAAGGGUUGUUCAAUUUAAAUGCAUCCGUUGCGUUUCAUUUCUGGCAUGCACUAAGCUGGGACUUCCAACUGUCUGACUGGCCCGUUCAUUACGUCUUGAAUUUUGUUGCAUCUUUUGCUACAUUUUUUAUGGUGGUUGAUGGGAGGGAAGGGGCGCUCCUUCCGAAAUUAAAAUGUGCCCUUUAGUUGUUUAUCAUAUAUGAAUCAGAAUUUUAAUUGCACAUGUGGCGGUUUACAACCCUUUCUUUCCUUUAUUUUUUUCGGAAGUGGAAUCCCUUUUUUAGUUAACAUUUCUGCUGAAAUGGACUGCACUAGAAAGGCAGGUUUACGAGAUGCGCGCUUGACUCCCUGCACUUCAUGUCUGCUGUAUUUGGGAUUGUAAUUGACUCUGAAUCAUAUACCAUUUCGAGUAGGGCGUUCGUCUAAAGUACUGUGGCAAGUGUAGCAGUUACAAACCUCCAAGGUCUCACCACUGCCGAGUCUGCAGAAGGUGUGUGCUGAAAAUGGUGAGUGCUAAAAAUCAAUGAUUUGUAAAGCUUGCAUUACAUGAGUAAUCGUUAUUUUUUUAUUUCCUUAGCUACUACUAGGCCGGCUCAAUCGCUCAAAUGCUUGUGUUUGCUUUCAGGAUCACCAUUGUUUGUGGAUAAAUAAUUGUGUUGGAUAUGCAAAUUAUAAGCCCUUCAUUAUCUUUGUUCUUAAUGCGACCAUUAGUUCCAUCUACUCAGUGGUAAGUGAAUUGGCCUAACCCCGGUUCAGGAACCAUCAUUCUUUAUACUUUUAUCUGCGCAUAUAUUUUAUUCUUGUGUAGAGCAUCAUCAUAGCAUGAUGCCAAAUUGCCAAACAGAUCUUAUAUAAGUAAUCUUCAUUCAUUUCAGGUGGUAUUUGUGGGUAAUAUACUCCAUAAUGAUCAUAAGUUCAUUGAAAGAGCUUCUUCUAAGCUCUUUAACGUAAGUGUGUUUUGUUGUUUCUCCAUUUCUUCCCUCGUUGUGAUUAUCUGGCCAAAAAAUAGCUACAGGCUUGCCAAAGGGAAUACAGUUCAUUUUACAUGAAAAAAAAUUAAGGCCUCACUAAAUUCACCAGGGAUGCCAGAUAUUCUCUUAAGAUGUCAUCUAGCUGCACAUUGGCUACUUCCUUUCUAUACAGUUCAUUCAUUCUCCACUGGUUUCAAUUAAUUGUACCAGGUUGCAUUUGGUUCAACAGUGAUGAUCUUAAGCAUUCUCUUGGGCACUCUGCUGGGUUGGCACAUCUUCCUUAUGUGUCACAACAUGACGACCAUCGAGGUGGGUGUUGAUAUUUUCAGUAGCCCACAGGGGCUGCUAUUCCUGCAAAGGGCAUUGACUUGGGCUUGAUUAUCUGUUGACCAGUACCGUGAAGCGAUAAGGGCCAUGUGGCUGGCCAGGAAAUCGGGUCAACGCUACCACCAUCCCUUCGAUCUCGGCCCGUGCAAGAACCUUUCCUCGGUCAUCUCCUUGUGCUCUCUUUUCAGAUUCUACAACAUCCCAUGUGCUCUCCAUGCUCUUGCUCAGACAUCUGCCUUCACUCCGCUUCUCAGACUCUAGGCCCGAAUGCCCUGAAAUGGUGGUGCCCAUUGGCGGUCGGGCAUCUCAGAGACGGCCUCCAGUUCCCAACCAGUAGACAGUAA